AUGCCCUGUUGCUUUGGACAUCAGGGUAGUUAUUUCAAGCGUAAUGUUGUUGCUCCGAGCUUCCGUGACGGUUUUCAGGGCGCCCCGUCGCUACUCCCAGCCCCCGUCGCUACUCCCAGCGCCCCUCGCUACUCCCAGCCCCCGUCGCUACUCCCAGCCCCCAUCGCUACUCCCAGCCCCCGUCGCUACUCCCAGCCCCCGUCGCUACUCCCAGCCCCCGUCGCUACUCCCAACCCCCAUCGCUACUCCCAGCGCCCAUCGCUACUCCCAGCCCCCGUCGCUACUCCCAGCCCCCGUCGCUACUCCCAGCCCCCAUCGGUACUCCCAGCCCCCGUCGCUACUCCCAGCGCCCCUCGCUACUCCCAGCCCCCGUCGCUACUCCCAGCCCCCGUCGCUACUCCCAACCCCCAUCGCUACUCCCAGCCCCCGUCGCUACUCCCAGCGCCCCGUCGCUACUCCCAACCCCCAUCGCUACUCCCAGCCCCCGUCGCUACUCCCAGCGCCCCGUCGCAACUCCCAGCGCCCGUCGCUACUCCCAACCCCCGUCGCUACUCCCAGCCCCCGUCGCUACUCCCAGCGCCCCUCGCUACUCCCAGCCCCCGUCGCUACUCCCAGCCCCCGUCGCUACUCCCAGCCCCCGUCGCUACUCCCAGCCCCCGUCGCUACUCCCAACGCCCGUCGCUACUCCCAGCGCCCCUCGCUACUCCCAGCCCCCGUCGCUACUCCCAGCGCCCCGUCGCAAUUCCCAGCGCCCCUCGCUUCUCCCAGCGCCCCUCGCUACUCCCAGCCCCCGUCGCUACUCCCAGCCCCCGUGACUCGGAAGAUAUGACCCCCUAUCACUGA